ACGGAGCAAACCCAUCAAGCUAGCAGCACGGCAUUAAACUAAUUUGACAGCGAUCCCGAUCCGUCAUCACAUCUCACACGAGACAGUCGUUCGAUCCGUCCGUGGAGCAGCCAUGGCGCAGCUGAUGGACAAGGCCAAGGGGUUCGUGGCCGAGAAGAUAUCGGGGGUGCAGAAGCCGGAGGCGGACCUGUCGGACAUGUCGGUGCAGCACGUUGGCCGCGACGGCGCCACCCUGUCCGGCCGCCUCGACGUGCGCAACCCCUACUCGCACACCAUCCCCAUCUGCGAGAUCAGCUACUCCCUCAAGAGCGCCGGCCGCGACGUGGCCUCCGGGACCAUGCCGGACCCGGGGUCGCUGGUGGCCAGCGACACCACCAGCCUCGACAUACCGGUGAAGGUGCCGUACGACUUCCUGAUGAGCCUGGUGAAGGACGCCGGCAAGGACUGGGACCUCGACUACGAGAUGCGCGUCGGCCUCACCGUCGACCUCCCCAUCGUCGGCAACUUCACGCUGCCGCUCACCAAGGCCGGCGAGCUCAAGCUCCCCACGCUCUCCGACCUGUUCUAAACUUACCGCCGCACCCAGCUAAGUAGGUUCGACCGUGCCGUACUAGCUGCUGCGCUCUCCAUCGCCUGUACGGGUGAUGGGUAGUACUGGGCUGGGCGAGCGGGACGAUCGAUCGCUGCCUAGCUCUGUUUUUACUUCGGAUCGCGGUGUGGGUGUGCACGACGUAAUAAUGAUGUAUUGCGUGUUGUAUUUCUAGACUUUUAUACGUGAAUAAAAUAAACAGACGGGUUUACUGUA